GUCCCGACAAAGGUUUCUUUAAGCUCCGUUUUAGAAGGUCACGUCUCAGCUGCUUGGCUGACGUUGACAGGCGGACUGUAGCAGGCAAACCGCGCCGCUAGCCUUUAGCAUCGCAUUCAUUCAUCUACCUUAACUACUGCAAAUAUGCAAGAAUGGGCCAAUCAGCUAUGCGAGAGCCGACAGUUUGGAUCCAAGAUGACGGACUCAAAGUACUUCACCACUACAAAGAAAGGGGAGAUUUUUGAGCUCAAGGCAGAGCUGAACAGCGAUAAGAAGGAGAAGAAGAAGGAGGCUGUGAAGAAGGUCAUUGCAUCAAUGACAGUGGGUAAAGAUGUCAGUGCGUUGUUUCCAGAUGUUGUGAACUGCAUGCAGACGGACAACCUGGAACUGAAAAAGCUGGUUUACCUUUACUUGAUGAACUACGCCAAAAGCCAGCCGGACAUGGCCAUCAUGGCGGUUAACACCUUUGUGAAGGACUGUGAAGACCCCAACCCUCUCAUCCGGGCCCUCGCUGUUCGCACUAUGGGCUGCAUCCGUGUGGAUAAGAUCACAGAGUAUCUCUGUGAGCCGCUGAGAAAAUGUCUGAAGGACGAGGACCCCUAUGUGAGGAAGACGGCCGCUGUGUGCGUAGCAAAGCUUCACGACAUCAACGCCCAGCUGGUGGAAGACCAAGGAUUCCUGGACACUCUUAAAGAUCUAAUCUCGGACUCCAACCCCAUGGUUGUAGCAAAUGCUGUGGCUGCCCUGUCUGAGAUUGCAGAGUCUCAUCCCAACAGUAACCUGAUGGACCUAAACCCCCAGACCAUAAACAAGUUGCUGACAGCUCUUAAUGAGUGCACAGAGUGGGGACAGAUAUUUAUUCUCGACUGUCUGGCUAAUUACACUCCUCGUGAUGACCGCGAGUCCCAAAGCAUCUGCGAACGCGUCACCCCGCGGCUCUCCCAUGCCAACUCUGCAGUGGUGUUGUCGGCGGUUAAAGUUUUAAUGAAGUUCAUGGAAAUGCUCCCCAAAGAUCUGGACUAUUACGGCACUCUGCUGAAAAAGCUGGCCCCCCCGCUGGUCACGCUCCUGUCUGCCGAGCCGGAGUUGCAGUACGUGGCGCUCAGGAACAUCAACCUGAUUGUGCAGAGGCGCCCAGAGAUCCUGAAACAUGAAAUGAAGGUUUUCUUUGUCAAGUACAACGACCCGAUCUACGUCAAACUAGAGAAGCUAGACAUCAUGAUUCGCCUUGCAUCUCAAGCUAACAUUGCUCAGGUGCUGGCUGAGCUGAAGGAGUACGCCACUGAGGUGGAUGUGGACUUUGUGCGUAAAGCGGUCAGGGCCAUUGGCCGCUGUGCCAUCAAAGUGGAGCAAUCAGCAGAGCGCUGUGUCAGCACCCUCCUUGAUCUCAUACAGACCAAGGUCAACUACGUGGUGCAGGAAGCCAUUGUGGUCAUCAAGGACAUUUUCCGCAAGUACCCAAACAAGUAUGAGAGCGUGAUUGCCACCCUGUGUGAGAAUCUUGACUCACUGGACGAGCCGGAGGCGCGCGCUGCCAUGAUCUGGAUUGUGGGAGAGUACGCCGAGCGCAUCGACAAUGCUGAUGAGCUGCUGGAGAGCUUUUUGGAGGGUUUCCAUGAUGAAAGCACUCAGGUGCAGUUGCAGUUGUUGACGGCAAUCGUCAAGCUGUUCCUGAAAAAGCCUACAGAGACGCAGGAGCUGGUGCAGCAGGUUCUGAGCCUCGCCACACAGGAUUCUGAUAACCCAGACCUGAGGGACAGAGGCUACAUCUACUGGCGUCUGCUGUCCACGGAUCCUGUGGCUGCCAAGGAGGUGGUUCUGGCUGAGAAGCCUCUGAUCUCCGAGGAGACAGAUCUGAUUGAGCCUACUCUGCUGGAGGAGCUCAUCUGCCACAUUGGUACUCUGGCCUCCGUUUACCACAAACCCCCCAGUGCCUUUGUUGAGGGCAGCCGGGGUGUUCAGCACAAGAGGCUCCCGGGCAGUACUGGAUUAGGGGAGAGUUUGGAGAGCCCAGACACUGGCUCUGCUGCUGGGGGCUCUGAUGCUCCACCUGCUGUGAUCCCAUCCCAGGGAGACCUCCUCGGUGACCUUCUCAAUCUUGAUCUGACGCCUCCUGCCACCACUGGGCCACCGCCGCCGCCCACCUCUGGCAUGCAGCUGGGAGCCAUGGACCUCCUCGGAGGAGGACUGGACAGCCUGAUGGGGGAGGAGUCUGAGCCGCUUGGCGGAGACCUUGGAGGAAGCUCUGCUAUGGGAGCUGGUUUUGGUGCUGCUCCAGCCGCAGCGCCAGCCUCGUUCAGCGCUCCUGUUAGCGGCGGCCUGGAUGACCUGUUUGAUCUUGGAGGUGGAGUUGGGAUGCCCAUGGGAGCCUACAACCCCCCCAAAACGGUUUGGCUCCCAGCCAUGAAGGGAAAGGGCCUGGAAAUAUCCGGCACUUUUGCCCGCCGGGCCGGAAUCAUCCAAAUGGAGAUGACCCUGAUCAACAAAGCGAUGAGCGUCAUGACUGAUUUUGCCAUCCAGUUCAACAGAAACAGCUUUGGCAUCGCUCCAGCUGGACCUCUCCAGGUUCUAACUCCUCUGAGCCCAAACCAGACCAUUGAGGUGGCCCUUCCCCUGAAUACUGUUGGACCCGUUAUGAAGAUGGAUCCACUCAACAACCUGCAGGUGGCUGUGAAGAACAACAUUGACGUAUUUUACUUCAGCUGCCAGUACCCCAUCAGCGUGCUGUUCGUGGAGGACGGGAAGAUGGAGCGACAAGUUUUCCUCGCCACAUGGAAGGACAUUCCUAAUGACAAUGAGUCCCAGUUUCAGAUCAAAGACUGCCAUCUGAACUCGGACGCAGCCUCCAGCAAACUUCAGGGUAGCAACAUCUUCACCAUAGCCAAACGGACCGUGGAUGGACAGGACAUGCUGUAUCAGUCCAUGAAACUCACCAACAGCAUCUGGGUGCUGGCGGAGCUCAGGGUGCAGGCAGGAAACCCCACCUACACUAUCUCUCUGAAGUGCAGAGCUCCAGAGGUUUCCCAGUGUGUGUUCCAGACCUACGAGGCCGUGCUGAAGAACUGAGGGAACGCUCCAACAUCCUUCCAGUCGCUGACCUCCCAGCAUCCUCUCCCGAUGUGUGAAACGUGCUCCAGCCCUGCGUCGAGCGGCGCCGCCUCCCUGCAGUGUUUGACUACAGUUUCUGUCAUUUAGCCCUUCCAUUAGAAUGUUGAAUGGUCUGUUGUAACCUUUUAAACAUUCACCUUCUCCCCCCCUACAAAGGCUGCUGCCCACUCCCUCUGCAUACCUGAUUCAUUCAUUUGUUUUGUUGCUUUAGUUUGAAGCUAAUUUAUCAGCGCAGCUCCAAUCUUCCCUGCAUGAUCCUUCGUUUAAUGACCCUUACUCAUUCGCGAACAGACGGCCACCUGACAUCUGCCUCCGUAUGAGGCUCUGUAAUCAUUUUCCAGCUUCACCUCUGGGUGAAUUUGUCUAUUUUUAGCACCUGCUAUCAUCGGGUAAAUUUCAUCAUAUUUAUUUGUAGCUAACUGAAGUUCAGACAGGAUGAGGAGAAUGCUGGCCCAACAGGAGACGCACAAAUACUUUAAACUACACCAUUGUUUGUCAUUUCAUAGUUUUCUUUGCGCGGAGCAGUAGUUUUGAUCCUCUACUGUCCCUGAGAGCUGUGUGUGUGCGUGCGUGUGUGUGUGCGUGUGUGUGUGUAAUCUCGACAUUUUCUAUUUCAGCAGCAGGCGUCUGCUGAACACGCAUUUGCUUCGUCAUUCCAUGGUUUCAUUUGUGUCCGUAGUCUUGUUAAGAGUGUGACAAACGGGGGAGAGCCUCAGGGCGUGGGAAUUUUUCUAUUCGCUGUCUCUUCCUGCGUCAGCCACAGCCCCCCCCCCCCACCCGGUCCUCACAGCAGUUCUCCACGGCCACCGGAGAUGAAGGCCCAGGUGACAUAAACUCAUGUCAUGAUUUGUUACGUUCCAGAUGUGAAGAGAACACAAGUGUAGGUUGCACACUGACCUGAAAUGGGGCAACCAUCCAUGAUCUCUGUCUCCCUGAAGCUGUUUCAUCAGGAUGAAUGUGCCGACAACAUCUUAUAAAAGCCGAGGCUGCGUGUUCUGUGUGUGUGGUGACAGCUGAUGCUGUAUUAAUCAGAUGUUUAAUCAUGUUUUUGAUUUAUUUAGUUCAGCGUGUACAUUGUUUGAGAACUAUUAAAAGCGCUGAUGAUCCACA